AUGACCCAAAUCUCCCCUCUGGAUAGCAGUCACCAGGAGCCUAUAUCGCAACUGGCCCCUUUCGCCGCGCUGAUCAUCUCCAUUAUCCUGGUGGUCCUCUUCCUGAUCCGCUUCUACGUCCUGGAAGGCUUUCUUAUACCAUGGCUUUAUGGCAAAACCUACACCGAGAUGAGUGAAACCAACCGCCGCGGCUUCAUCAAUCACCACAUCGCCGGCGCUACCAAAUUCGUCAUCUUCCUUGUCGCUGUCUACCCAUUCAUUCGUGCCGUCACUGCUGGCCCGACGGUCUUCCACCACCCCUACAUCCCCGGUGGGCCCGCGACAUUGGGCGAUGCCCUCAUCGUCGUGGCCCAGAUGUUAAUCGGCAUGUACAUAUUCGAACUCUUGUACCGCGUCAAACUCUCCCCCGUGGCAGUCUUGCAUCACGUCGGGACUAUUAUGAUCGGCCAAUCUGCCAUUGCAAUCAGCUUGAAACUGGCACGGGAGCCAGAUGCAAAUAUCGAAUUCAUUCUGUGCCUGGUGUGGGGAGCCUUCGAUCUGAUUUCGGAGUUUUUCCCGCACAUCGCCAUCAUCCUGUACCGUGUGUACCCCCAUCGUCACUAUUUCCUGGCCCGCAUCUUCCUCCUUUCCUGCCUCACGACGGCGACCGGUACACUCUGCGAAACGAUCGUGACCAUGUGGCUCUUUGGAAGUCUGUGGAAUCGUUGGCAGAUUGCAUUCAAAGUUGUGACUCCAUUGCUUCAUAUUGCAUUCUCAGCCGCCCAGAUUCAUGGGAGUCUUGUCUUCUGGCGCAUGUAUAAAAGACAAUUGCGGUUCAUUCAAGAGGAAAAAGAUCUCGAAGAGGGUAAGGAUGAAGGUAGUCUGUCGUUGGCGAAUACGGAGAGUCUUCCGUCGGCUGAACAUGUUGCUCGCGCAUACUAG